AUGGCCGCAUCUACCGCCCUGCCCCAAUUCUCCCCCGCUGCAUCGCAAUAUUCGCAACUUCUAUCCCCCGGCGUCGAAUCUAUACAGCAACUCGGGGAUCUAUUAAUGCCCGCUGGAGUCCAAAAUACCCCGACCUUCUCCACCCUGCCCGCCGAGCUGCAGAACUUCUUGGCGCAGCGGGGCUUUUCCUCGCAAACUGCCGUCCCCAGCCCGUUCGUCUUGUCGAACAAGUCGAUGACGACCAGCCACGGGGUGACGGAAAAUGGCGAUACCUUUACGCAACAGCAUUAUACCGUUAAUACGCACGAGUGGUACACGCCCAUGAUGUUGAUGAAGGAAGCAGGAGAUGAGCCACCUCUUCGAGCAGUUACCAGCCAGUUUCAGAAUGAAAAACCGAGAUUUAGCACUGAGAAACCGUCCUCCGAAGCCCCAAAUCUUGCCGAAAUCAAGUCGGCUUUGGAAGCUUUAUAUGCGAAAGCUUACGCUGAACAAGUGGCUAGAGCUCAAGCUCAAGACCCUGAAGCUGCGCAACCUCCUCAGGCUCAAAAUCCAUCGGUUUUUAGGUCAUCGGAAGUUGAAGCCAAGCCUAGCUUACUGCCGCAAACACGAGCUCAAGAUUCUGAAGCUCGAAACGAAGCCACUUCAAGGCCUAGCUUCCCUACAUUUGCUACCUAUUCCGUCGAUCCUCUGGCUCAAGGCCAAGCUCAUGCUCAACUUUCUCAGCAAGUCCAAGCCGCGCAGCAACUCCGAAGUCAAACUCAUGCUCAACCCCAUCAACACGCUCAAGCAGUUCAGCGACCCGCAGAAGUCAAGCCCGUCGAUUUCCAAUACUCCAGCCCCAGCCCUCCUUCCUUUGAAGCCCCGCAAAAUGAGAAGCCCACCGAUGGAGCUCCAAGUACGCGGAGGACCGCCCUGAUGCGGUCAAUGUUCGAAAAAGCACCUCCAACCCCGACUAUAGUUCCGGGGGUCGCGAAGAAGGAGCAGCAGCAGAAUGGCAGCGGCGGAGGCGCGGCGCGCGUCUGGCGCCCUGAGAUCACCGCCAACACCGAGAUGUCCAAGUUCCAGGACACCACUCACAGCGUGCCACCCUUCAAAGUCUCCCUCGAGCACAAUAAUUCGUCAGUUCCACCGAAGGGCUUCAACCAGGCCGCCUACCCGUUCAACACCGACCCCCGGGUCAAGCACUUGCAGUACAACAGCCCAAUGGGCCUCUACUCGAAUUCCGCCGCCGCCGAGCAGUACGCCCAGCAAACGCAGGGGAUCGUCCAGCACGACUCCUCCGUUGCCAACGCUCGCGACCAGCCUGCCUACCUACGCUCGGAGACGCUCAAGGUUCUCAAGGAGCAAGAGAACGGUCACGGCUCCCAGAGGAACACCCACGGGCUUCCGGUCUGCUACGUUUGCACGAAGCCGAUUUUGGGCCUAAUGGCUCAAGCUGCUGGCCACCAGCUGCACGCCGACUGCCUUGCUUGCGCCACCUGCGGAUCUUCGCUUAAGAACAUCGGUCAUCACUUUAUCGACGGCAAGUUCUACUGCGACAUUCACCAGCGGCUGAAGAGGGCCACCAGCACCGGGCCGUCCGACCCCAACUUGAUGGCACGAACGCCGCCGACCGCCGCCCAACCUACUCGGCCCGUAGAGCCGGCCCGCGGCAACUACCAGCCGGAUUUGGGCAUCAACCGACGCCCACUCUCCGUCUCGCCCAACCCGAACCAAUGGUCCACCAGCCAGCAGUCGCUGAACGUGUCCGUUGGAACGCCGCGCACGCAGGGUGUCAUCAGCCCGUCGAACCGUGGGGUGCCCUCGUCACAGAUGUAUGGAGCGGAAUUGGCGGGACGUGGAGGGUCAGCUGGAAGAGCCACACAGGAGCUCACCGUCCCUGACGAGCACGUCCCCGCCUCUCUCCGAGCUGCCGUAUCUCCAAGACGUCGUGCUCGUCUCCCCAGAGAAUGGCCACCAACGAAGGCCCAAGUUAAAACCACUCCCUACUGGAACACUGAACUUCACCAAGCCGCCGACGUUGAGCCCCCAAGAACAGGAGGGGCUACUGUAUCCCUACAAGACGCCGUUCAAGCCAUGGAUGACCAUCCGGAAGCCGAACCUCCAGCCAGACCCUCCCCCCGUCGCCUCCUCAUCGUCGAGAGGAGCCCCUCGGCGGCCAGCGCGCGCCCGCCGAUUUCGGGGAGUACACGGCAGCGGCCGAGUUCUGUGCAGCUCGAGCCUGUCGCUGGGGGCAGCUUUAAGCCGGUGACUUCAUCUGCCGCUGAGCCGGAUAAGGCGGGAUUUAGGCCGGUAAAGCACGACCCGGUGGCGAGCAGUACUUUCCAGGGAACCAACCGCCUGGCCGACUUCCCACCCCAACCCAUCCUGAAAACCGACGCCAUCACCUCGCCACGGCAAGACCCAGAUGAAUCGAGUGAGCCGAGCUCGCUCUCAGAACCUGCGGCUCAUCUGGCCGUGCAUGUGACGCAGACGACCCAGACAAGCCCCGGCUUGGUAGCGACGGAAACGAAGCCAGAAGAAGUAGCAAAACCGGAAGCAAAGAAGAAGCUCCAGAAAAAGCCCGGACGAAAAGACCCACGCCGCCUGACCGCCAUCUACAACCCGAAUGCGCCUGUAGAUGAGGUUGAAAAACCGAAGCAGCGGUCCCAGACCGUGACGGUGGAGUUGGACCCGAGGAGGACGAGCCAACCGGAAGUUGUUCAAGCUCCUAGGGUGGACACUAACCUGGCGUCGAAGCCGUCGAUUCAGAGCAUCACCUCGCCCAGACCAUUCAAGCCGUAUCAGCCCGAGAAGCUGGUGGAGAAGCCGCCAAGCCCGAAGAUCGGGCCGGUGAAGGCGGUGGGGUCGGACUUGUGGGCACCGGAAGCUCAGAAGCGCCAGCAAGGAACUCAGAAAGCUGAAACGGCUUUUAAAGCUCAACAACAGCAACAAGGAAGUCAGAAGGCCGAGGCUAGCUCUCAAGUUCAAUCUCAGCAACGAAAUCAAAGCGUUCAGAGAGCGGAAGCCGCUUCUCAGGCGUCACAAGUUCAGAAGCGUCAGCAAGGAGUUCAGCUCAACGCGGCGGCUGCUCAGGUUUCGCAAGCUCAAGCUCAACAGCAUCUGCAAGGAGUUCAACAAGCACCGCACGGCUUCAUCGGCAUCAACAUCACCAGCCGACCUUUUAAAGCCCCAGAACCGGCCGAUUUCCCCUCCCACCAGAAGCGCUUCUCAAGCAGCGGCAGCUUCGAUACCCCAGAAGCCAGGCCCUCCGACCUGGGCGGACUGCCCCCCUUGAUGAAGGGCAAGCAGGUCAUUACCCCACAGGGCUCCCCAUUCGCCACCUUGACAAGACGUACAACCAAUCACAGAACCCCCUCCCCGGUAUUGAACAUCUCCAUCGAGCCGAUACCUCCAAAACCGGCAGGACAAGCUGGUCCAGCAGGACAUCCAAGCCAGGCCUCAACGUUGCCGAGGAGCUUCAAAGGGGCGGGAGAAGCUGAGGCUCAAACUUUGUCGAGGAACUACAAGGGGGUCGGCGAAGUAGAUGCCCAAAUCUUGACACGACACCGCCAAUCUCCAGUUAUGGGGCUUCAGAGUUUAGGUAAAAGGACCCCAUCUCCAAGCCUGAAAAAGCUGAUCCAACAAGACAGCCGCCAGCUGGAGAUGAGCCCUAUGAGACUCUCGAGGCAAGGCUCGCUGCAAGAACCCAACUACGGCGACUGGGCCAAGGUGUCCGAAGUAGUAGAUGAGAGCGAUAUCAUGACCGAUACGAGUCGACGAUCAGACGAAUCGGCAAACGCAGCUGCUUCUGAACUCUCUGAUGUCGUCGUUGAGCAACAGCGCCUCCCCGAACGUCUCCUGAAUCAGUAUGAUGUAGAUGAGAGCGAGCUGGUCAAGAUCAGGAGAUCUCAGAAGAAGGAUGUGGAAGAUACCGACAUCACUGACAUCGAUUCGGAGGAUGAGAAAGAGAGGUGGAUGCGCGAGGAGUUGGAGCUGGCCAGGAAGGAGGAGCUGAUGGCACAGAUGUUGGAUUGGGAGCGGAACGUUAAGCCCAAGUCGAACUCCCAGGACUCUACGGCGCGUCAUAGUCAGCCAGUGCUGCGGAGCACACCAAAUUCCGCGAGUCAAAGCUACUCCAGAAAUUCGGUCCCUACUGCUGAUAUUACCACUAAUUGGGAGGGUACUUUAAGAAAACAAGGAGCUCCAGAAGGUCAUGUUCAGCCUGGGCUACGGAGCACACCGAAUUCGGGCAAAAGUACUGCCUUUUCUCGAAAUUCGCGGCAAGACCCCGAAAUUUCGACGAAUUGGGAGGGUACCUUCAGAAGGCCUACAGCUCCUGAACAGACCCAUAGCCCUAUCAUCAAGCCAAAUGUUGGAAGACAACAACUCCGAGCGGUUCAGCCCGAAUCCAUAGAUGAAAACACGAAUUGGGACGAGAAAAGCGAGCGCGACACCGUGUCGAUGAUGUCCGAAUCGGACGAGUGGAGACGGCAAGCCAUGCAACUCCUUGACGAUGAAGGACAGAUGGACCGGGAUAUGAUGAUCGUCUCCCAGCUGCACGAGCAACUUGAGGAGUGCAGGGGUAUGGAUGACGCUGACCGGAAACGAGCUAUACAUUGUAUGAAGAGACAUCAGAAGACGUUAGGGGACCAGAGGUUGCAUGGGCUGUUGGACUCGGCGAUAAGCUUUGUCAGUCAAAUGGAUACGAAGCAAAGGAAAGUAGCUGAACAUCAGGGCGGGCCCGGUUCAACACCGUAUCCACCACAGAGGAAGAAUUUUGGAAAUGUCCAAGAGCACCCGGCGAACCCGCUGACGACGUCAGCGGAGGAGAGGGAGAUUUUGGAAGAGUUGGGGAGGCUGGACAUGGCGUUGGAUGGGGUUCCGGAACCGCCGGUUAGGGCCGGCGGGCCGAUUAUUCCGGAAAUCGAUUACCCGAUGGAUUCGCCAGUAGCGCCAAGGAGGAACUAUCAGACGUUGCCGAUAAAGACGGAACAGCUGUCCCACGUGCUCGACGAGUUGCACAGCAUAAUGCGGCCCCGCUCCUCCGACUUCAUCGUCCGGAAAUUGGAGGCCCGGCAGAGGGAGGAGCAGGAGGAGCAGCAGCAGGCUGCCCCCAACUCCUUCGCCAACCGCAGCGCCCAGCAGACGACCACCACCCGCACCGAGUCUCACACCCUAAACCAACCCGUCCAGGGCGGAAAAGUACCUUACUGCGAGGCCUGCAGACAACAGAUUCGUGGAGCGUUCGUACUCGCCCAAGGCCUUUCCUGGUGCCCGGAGCACUUCAUCUGCGCCAACACAUCGUGCGGACGACGGCUGCUUGAGUGCGGCUUCGUCGAGGAGAACGGCCAAAAGUUCUGCGAGAACUGCUUCGAGAGCAACAUCGCCCCGCGCUGCGCCAAGUGCACCCGGCCGAUCGUUUCGGACUGCCUGAACGCGCUGCAGAAGAAGUGGCACCCGCAGUGCUUCACCUGCGCCCACUGCUCGAAGCCGUUCGGCAACUCGGCCUUCUACCUCGAACAGGGAUCGCCGUAUUGCGAGAACGACUGGAACCGACUGUUCACCACGAAGUGCUACCAGUGCACGUACCCGAUCGAGGCCGGGGACCGCUGGGUGGAGGCCUUGGGUCAUGCGUACCAUUCGAACUGCUUCAACUGCACGCGCUGCAACGUCAACCUGGAGGGCGAGAGCUUCUAUGCGAAGAACGGCGAGCCCUUCUGCAAACUGCACGCC